AUUUUGUAGAUGGGAUUCAUAACAUCAUUUUUAUGUUAUUUCAUUCCUGGAGUUGGUGUAGCAACAUACUAUUCAUUCAGAUUAGGUCCUUAAUUGCCUAUUGCUUGUAGAAAAAUGGGGUAUUAUCUAAGAUUAUUAGUGAUAACGCAUAGGAUUGAGUUAUGGUGCUUUUAAAGCAAUCUUGAAAAUUAAUUUACCAAAAGACAUUGUUAAAUCAAAUGAAUU